AGAGAGCGCGGUGACGUAAGAAAUACGACAAGACAGAGAGCAGAGCGCCUUGUACCUUGAACUAGAGAGAGAAUGAAGUUGAAUGAAACCGUGCCAUUUGGAGUCGAUGAGAAUCAGUUGCAAAAAGAGUUGGAACCCGUGAAGAGGUUCGAGCUUUCAGAAGUAUUCUGUUCUUGCCAGGCAAAGAGAAAAACUUUUUUUUUCUCAUUUGUGUCGUGAGUGUGGUGCUUAACAUUUUCCACCGCUUCUAUCCUUUGUACUUAAGGUGUCUCCGUAAAAUCUCAGCGCAUAUUCGUGUUAAAAAAAAAGAAAUAAAACGAUCAUAAAGAAUAAUUUGAUGUGUUUUUAAAUUGCUUAAUUACACGGUGGGCUUUAAAUGCUGAAGUGUGCAAAAAAGUAGUGGAAAGUGAUCUGAUUUACUUGAAUUUACAGAAAUUGUCGAUAAAUUAAAAGGAAAACUCUAAGAAAUCGACAAAGAUUCUUCAAUCUGUGAUCAAAGUUUACCAAAAAAUGUUAGAAAAUUUUCUUUCUAAGUGACUUUGCAAUUUUCUUGCAAAGAUUUAAACAUAUUUGUGAAUUUUUAUUGUUAGAAAAAAAAAAACAUUUAAAUUGUUGUUUAAAGCACAACCAGAAUAAAAAUGAACCAUGAAAAUGAGUGUAUGCUGAAUAAAAAUGAAAAGACCCCAGAAAUUAAGUUCUUUGUAUCUAGCCAAUCAAUUAAUGGGCGAGAAAAAUCAACUAAAGGAAGUAUUAAGACGGACUUGUUCAGUUUGCCACGGUCACAGAUUUUGUACGAUGGAGCAAAGGUGUGCAGAGAAACCAUUGGAAAGCGUGGAGUUCUUCAUCAGCUCAUCAUCACGGGAACAGUACUUAUUGCAACGGCUGCUUGUGGGAUGCCCAUAGGGUAUUCAGCUGUACUCCUGCCACAGGUGAUUGAUACAAAUGAUACUCUGGCAAUGGAUGUAGGGAUGGGAUCCUGGGUAGCCAGUAUUCAUAGUGCAGCAACACCCAUUGGAUCCUUCGCAUCAGGUCCCAUAAUGGAUCGUUGUGGACGCAAAACCGCCCUUCUCAUUUCCAUUCUCCCACUAAUUGGCGGUUGGAUCUGUAUUGCAUUGGCACAAUCACACAUGAUACUCCUACUUGGACGUGUAAUAGCGGGAAUGGCUGUAGGACUUAUCUUUGCACCUGCUCAGGUCUACAUAGCAGAGAUAGCUGAACCAAAUCUACGGGGUGCACUGAUUGGAGCCCCAUUCUUUGCAUACUCAAUUGGGAUUCUCAUAAUCUACGGACUUGGGUAUGCCCUACAUUGGCGUGAUGUAGCCUGGUGUGCCAUAAUCCUACCUGUAACGGCUUUCAUUGCCAUCAUUUUCGCCCCAGAGAGCCCAACAUGGCUUGUGAGGCAUAAUCGCACCGCUAAAGCCGCCAAUGCCCUCCAAUUGCUCCGCGGAGACGAUGACAAGGCUAAGCGUGAGCUGUCGCAGCUAACGAUGCGCUUUGAACGCGAGAAGGCCUUCAUGACGGCAUCCAGUGAGAGAUUCGUUCGUAUUCUCAAGCGGAAGUCCGUACUGAAACCGUUGGUUAUCAUCAAUGCCUUCAAUCUCUUUCAAAUCUUCUCGGGUGUGUACCUCGUGGUUUUCUAUGCCGUGGAUAUUAUUCGGGAUUUCGGCGGGGAUGUUGUGAGUGCGGGAAUGGCUGCAGUUCUCACGGCAGCCGUACGCUUCGUCUUCACCUUCAUCUACUGCUUCCUCCUCAUGUACACACCACGUCGGAAGAUGAGCAUCAUUUCAGGGCUGGGUUCUGGCUUCUCGGCCACAGCUCUCGCCAUCAUCUUCUUCAUCUUCCCAUCGGAGAGCAUGAGUGGUGGCGUAAGGAUUGUUUGUGCCCUCCUCUUGGUACUCUACAUCGGCUGCAACACAGGCUACAUGCUGCUACCCGGCAUAAUGGUGGGUGAACUCCUUCCGGCUAAAGUUCGCGGUCAAGUUGCUGGAUACAUCUUCUGCCUCUUCAAUGUGGUCCUCUUUGUCGUCGCCAAGGCUUAUCCGUUGAUCAUGGACGACUUGAAGACGAGUGGACUCUUUCUUGUCUUUGGAAUCUCAUCCCUCAUUGGAGUUGUUCUCCUGUACAGUGUCCUUCCGGAGACAAAAGGACAAUCUCUCGGUGCUAUUGAGGAUUACUUUAUGGAAAAUGAUUGGGUUUGGGCUAAAAGAAAAUUCUCAAUGAUUUCCAUAAGUCGUCGAGAAAUGAGCUAAGUCUGGGAUUUUAAAGUCCCAGGUCAGAGCUAUUGAGCGGAAUCUUCUCCUUUUGAGCACUUUGAUCAUUCUAAUUUAUUUUUGUUAAAAGAAAAAGAAUUUAAUGAAUUUUUAUGACCUUAACAAAUUGAAAAUUCAGCUCAUUGGCUUUCCCGAAGUACUUUCCAAGGAGCUUUUUACUUUCUUUUAACAGUUUUUAAGGACCAAAUGAGAAGUGUACGUAUACAUUCCCAAUUUUAGGAAGAAAAACUCUGUAAAAUGUAUUUCUUAGAUAAUUCUUUAAUUCAUGUUGUAUUCUGUCUCGUCUUAGCAAAAAAAAAUCACAACAAAUUUGUAGUUAGAAGAACAUAAAGACAAGAGAAAAAGGAAAAAUUAAAUGACUCCAACUA